CGUCGGACGGAAAUUUGCAGCAGUUCUUUCUAGAAGCCUGUAGCACUUAGCUGUGAGCAGCUAGCCCACUCCUGAAAAACCUACACAAGUUAUCCCUGGCAAAACGCUGCGGGUCGCAACAUUGACUACAGACACAUAUUUCAGUGCAGCGUCCUUACGUUGUAUGCUUUUUGAUUAAACAUUCGGGUUAGCCUCGUUUAGCCCGCCAACUUAGCCGAGUCAUUAUCCCAGGCUAACACAGGCAGGAUGUCCAGAAUAGACUACAGCGUGUGGGACCACAUCGAGGUGUCAGACGAUGAGGAUGAUACCCACCCAAACAUCGACACACCCAGCCUCUUUAGAUGGAGACAUCAGGCACGUGUGGAGCGGAUGGAAGAAUUUCAGAAGAUGACUGAAGAUUUAAGUAAGGGACUCAGUGAAUGUCGACGUAAGCUGGCUGAAACACAGAAGAAAGUGAAAGAGCUGAGCAUCUCGACAACAGAUGAUGCCAAAGCAGAGCUGAGCAAAACUCAGGCUGAGGAGAAGAAACUGAAAAAGGAGGAACGAGAGUGGGAGAAGAAGUUGGACAAGCACCGCCAGGAGGAGAAGAGGAUGCCAUGGAAUGUGGACACGCUCAGCAAGGAGGGGUUCAGCAAGAGCGUUGUUAAUGUCAAACCUGACAAUGUUGAAGAGACCGAAGAGGAGAAGGAGCAAAAGCAUAAAACCUUUGUGGAAAAAUAUGAGAAGCAGAUCAAACAUUUUGGUAUGUUGCGACGCUGGGAUGACAGCCAGAAGUACCUGUCUGACAACCCCGAUCUAGUAUGUGAAGAGACUGCCAACUACCUGGUCAUCAUGUGCAUCGACCUUGAAGUUGAGGAGAAAAAGGCGCUGAUGGAGCAAGUGGCUCAUCAGACCAUCGUCAUGCAGUUCAUUCUGGAGUUGGCGAAGAGCCUCAAAAUGGACCCCCGCGGGUGCUUUCGUCAGUUCUUUGCCAAGAUUAAGACAUCAGAUCAGCAGUACCAGGACGCCUUCAAUGACGAGCUGGAGUCCUUUAAGGAACGGGUUCGCGGCAGGGCGAAGAUCCGCAUAGAAAAGGCCAUGAAGGAGUACGAGGAAGAGGAGCGACAAAAGCGCUUGGGACCUGGAGGUCUAGAUCCUGUUGAUGUGUACGAAUCCCUGCCAAUUGAGAUGCAGAAAUGCUUUGACGAUAAGGACAUCCAAAUGUUACAGGAUGUGAUUAGCAAAAUGGAUCCAACGGAGGCAAAGGCUCACAUGAAGAGGUGCAUAGAGUCUGGACUCUGGGUCCCCAACUCCAGGACUGAUGACGUGGAUGAAAAAGGGGAAGAUGGUAUCUAUGAGGAGGUCAAACAGGAGCUGGAGCAAACUAAGAUAGAAUGACCAACAUUGAUCCUGUGAUUUGAUGUGUACUUUCCCCCUCUGUAUUGCAGCUCCUCUAUGUGUAUGACUAGUUUGCCAAUCAAGGAACAAUGAAAUAACUUCUCAAAUAUAUUUAGCUCAGACUUAAAGGAUUAGCAUUCAGCUAACUGCACAACUUUGUUGCAUCUGUAACCCCUGCUUUGAAGAAAACCGCAGCGUGUGUGUAGGUCUUUUAUUUGCUUUGACAUCACUAGAACUGUAUUCUUACACCUCGCUCAUUUGUGGGGGGUGGGGAAAGGGGGGUGUAUGUUGACACAUGCCUGUCAUAUGUGUGGUUGUAUAGUUGAAGACCAUUUAUGCAUUUUCAAGUUGUGCGUAAAGUUAUUAUUUUUGUCAUUUCCAAAUUUAAGAUUUUUGUUUUUGACUUUCAAGGCUUGAGCAACCAAUGUAUUCAGAUGGUUAUUUCCCAAGAGUGACAUUUUCUACAAACUUGCUUAACUAAAAUUUCAAUUGUAACCAACUUCUCAAGAACAAGGCGUUGUGGUUUUAUGUGAGAACUCAAAGUGUGGGUGACAUGCAUUACAGAUCAUAAAGUAUGAAUGUUAAAAAAUGUGAGUCAUAAGAAUCAUAUGGAAAGUAUUCAUCUGCGAGACCUAGGCAAAGUAUUAACUGUUACUUUUUGAUAUGGAGCCAGUGCGUGUGUGC